AUGAAUGCAAUGCUAUUCCUCCUGGAUGUGAUGGCCAAGACUGGGAAUGUCCACCUCUACACGGUGUGGGGAGACAAGGGACUGAAGGCUACUGCCAGAAAUGGGGCUGAUCUGAGACUUGUGGAGCCCAAGGAUGCAACGCUCUUCUUUCUGGAAGGCAACAACAAGUUCUUCAUGGUCGACAACAAGAAAUACGUCUUAGACUGGAACCAGGGAAACAACCACAUCAUCACGUGGACCAACAAGAGCUGGGGAGACGCCAACCAGAAGUUUGCGAGCGAGAAGGCGCUGGCUGAUCCGGCGUACAUCAAGUUGACGAACGGCUCGAGAUGCUUCACGGCUGAUCCAAAAAGCGGCCUGAUCAACUACGACAAAUGCAAUGGAUCAUUGAACCAGGUUUUCCAUAAGGAAAUCAGGGAGGCAAAAGAGACGUUCAAAUUCUACACGAAAAAGGGCCCAUUUGGAAUAAAAAUGAAGUUGGAGGUGAAGGCGAGAAUUGAGCUGAUUUCGCCUGACACCACUGAUGAGAUCUACUACGACGAGGAGACAAACAGGGCUGGCCUGGCCACUGCGACACAAUCUGCCUUUGAAUACGACAGCAAAUCAAAGGCAUUCGUGAUCAAGUUGGAGACCAAAUCAGCGAACAAACAGACCAUUUCAAUGAAGAAGUUGAAUGAGAACGAGUUCAAAUUGAUGCACGAUGGGAAGUGCCUGGCAGCUGACAGCACUGCCAGAAGCCUGAAACUGGAAGACUGUGCUGAUAACAGAACGGAACAGGUCUUCUCGAAGGUGAAGCCACCGAAGGAGAUGCCUGUGAGCGUGGAUCCACCAGUUGAUUUCAAACUCACGAACAAGGACAACACGAAGGCACUGAAAGGGGGCACCACGAACAAUAAGCCAAUUGACGUGGUGGAACUGAGUGAUGGAUCGAUGUGGUCGGCUGAUGAGAAUGUGCCAUCAGUUGAUUUACAGGGAAAGAAGCAUUCGAUGGACUACAUGUCUGAUAAAAAGGUGAUGGGAAUGUGGAGCAGGGUGCCUGGUGCCCGAGACCAGCGAGUGACACUCGAGAAGGACGAUACGGGCUUCUUCUUGCUCAAAAUAAUGGGACUGUGUGGCGCAUUUGAUGGAAAAGUGAUCAAAAUGAAGACGUGUGAUGAAUCAGAUGAGCUGAAAUUCAACAAGUUGACGGCAGAUGACGAAGAGAAGCUGAAAUCAGAGAAGGCGAAUCCUGAAACAGUGCCAGACCACUACGAAAUCCAAAUCACUGGGCCAUCUGGUGGACCAAAGCAGCCUACGAUUCGAGUGGAUGCGUCCCACCGUGUCAGAAUCAACCCAGCUGUGAAUGAAUCGGACAAGCCUGAAAUUGUGGUGGAACCAGCAGAAGCCAGGUCAAACGAGAACUGUUGUGGCCCACAGCCAAUUGGCCUAGUUCGACUGGAUGGAUCUGCCCUUCCUCUCUACGAAAAUGGCUACUUUGGAAAUCCACUAAAAAGAAGAAACAGCCUUUGGGAAAGGGGACUGUACGGGAAAGUGCGUCGUAGGAGGAGACAGCCCCUGACUGGGGCCAACAGAAGGGGCGGUGCCGACCGAUUGGAAAUCGAAGACGAAGAAGACGAAAACAUCGUUCCAGCACCAAUUGGAAACAGAAACCUGCCUGAUUUCAUCAAAUCAAAGAAUCCGCCUGGAUCAAACCAGUUUGACCGUCAGGCAGCAGUGGCAACGAGCCAGGUGCUUGACGACCUGAUUGAUGAGGAAGUGAGGGAUCCACACGUCCAUGGGAAGCUGAUCAUGGACGGAAGCACAGACAUGCAGUGCCAGGGCAAACACUGCCUAAAUGGGGUGGCCAUAACACAGCGAGAUUGA